AAGCUUUGUACUGCAGAAGCGUGAUCGUGGGAUCUUUUUUCGCCCCCGCUGUGACGUCACGGACGGUCGCGCGGUAAGUGGGUGUGUCACUAAGAGUAUAUAACAAGUCUCGUGCGCGGUAACGGCUCACCAACGUGCAUCACCUUAUAUUUUACUGAAUUCUCGGAGAAAAGAUGCGGCUCUGCGCAAAUCUCGCGAUGUUUCUGCUGCUCGCCUGGCUCGCGCCGCGAGACUCGGCUGGACGUGGUAUAACGAAGGAAAGAAAGAAAGAUGUCGCCUUCAAGGGGAAAUUCAACGGACACGCCAAAGAGCGGUGCACGUGGACGGCGAGCGGAGACACGCGGUACACGCUGAAGGUUACGUGCCUCGGCGUGAAAAAGGGGAAGUCUCGCCGAAGUUACACCUGUGAGUACACCGGCGAGCCCGCGCUCUGCCCCUCCUACGUCACCAACCCCAAAGCCUUUUGGAAACAGAUUUCUCGCGGUCUGCAGCAGAAGAAGCAGCACCUGUGCGAGGACGCCAACGAGGUGGUCAGAGCGCGCUCGUGCAAAAACGGACCCGCGGCCGCUCACUUCAGGCUAAUAAAUAAAGUCCCCAUGACGACGCCCGCGGUGAGGACUGGACUUGCUGAGGACAUGCCUUCAACGGAAUGCACGCGGCGCGCUGACCACCGAGAGCUCGCGCACGAAAAGUGCGGAAGCAACUGGGCAAACCUCUGCAACUUCAUAUUCCAUAUGGUCCAGAGUAGAGACUGCUGAGCGCGCGCGCGUGCGUUUGUGUGUACAUGUGUGUUUAAAUACUGUUAAGGUCCCAAAUGUCCCUGAGUAUUUUGACCUUUUUUUGUUUUAACAACUACAGCUUUUAUACCAAAAAAGUCACUUAGGUUACGGUUGUGGUUUAAGGUUGGUGUAGUUAUAGCAACAUUAUAGUGUGUGUGUGUGUGUGUGUGUGUGGUGUUGGGAAACAACUGUUGAUAUCUACAAGGAAUAUCUGACUAUGUUGAUAUUCCAGCACACACUUGAGCCCAAAAUACAUCUGACUGAUUUUUUUUAAUCCAUAUAUAUUUUAUCUGUAUAUUUUGUUUCAUUUAUCUAUAUUUACUUGCGCUUAAACUUUAUUCGACCUGUGAGUCCUUCAAUAAAACGAAGCCUGAACCAUU